GCCGUCAGAGGGGCAGCACUAAGCGAAACUGUGGAGCAGAUGCUAUACUGCCUUUAUCGAUAACAAAUUAGGUACAAACCUUCUGUAUCUAGUGGGGUCCUUGAUCCCCGAAAAUUCCCUAAAAAGUUCUUUUUUUUUUUUCUCGCGAUUCAUUAGCCUGGAACAAAUUCGACCACCCCCGACUUAAUACCUCGCCAGAGUAUACGAGCAAUGGCAGGACCUGCUAGUACAACGUCCUCCAUGACCUCGACAUCUCAUACUCUAACCCAUGCUCCCUCAGUAGGCUUUUUAUCUUCCUUCGCCGACUCCUCAAAGCCUUCCAGUGCCGUGGAGAUGCUCCAACUCUUCGAGGCUAUAAAAUCGGGUAACCGACAUACCUUCUUACAGCCCGCCUCUUCGAUUCCGAAUGCUUCAUUACAACUUGCAAAAGCGACACUAGAUGCGUAUGCUGGACAAAUAUGCGACGAACAACAACAGCGACAAAAAGAAGAAAGUAAGAAGCGGAAACGGACAGAGGAUAGUUCGAGUAAAGGCGAAAUCCUCAAAAUCAGAAAACUUCACGUGGAUGGGUUUGAAAGUGGCCAAGUUUGGCAACAAGCAAAGAGGAUCAUUAUAAGUGCGCUUCAAGACUCGAAAAGUGCACUCCAGGAAUUGGAAGACCGGAAUGAAAUCCAGGUUAACGGCGUAAAUGGAGAUGCGCAGAUCGAAUCCGAUGAGGAUGCUUCUGAGGGCGAUUGGGUUGACGAUGAGUCGGCUUCAGACCUUGAAGGUUCAGAGGAGUUCGCAGAAGAUCUCGACGAGGACGACGAUUUAGAUGGGGACGACCUCGAAGACGGCGACGAGCCGUCGAUAGAUGGGAUGGAAGAAGAUCUCGAAGACAUUGACGAAGAGGAAGAAGACGAUGACGAUCAAUCCGAAGAGCCCCCCAACGAAUUAGUCGAGGACCCGAAUGGCUUAAACGAUGGUUUCUUCUCAAUUGAUGAUUUCAACAAACAAACCCAAUGGUUUGAGGAUGCAGAUGCCCGAGCAGAUCCAGACGCUGAUCGUGCAAGCGAUGAUGAUGAAGUAGACUGGCAUACAGACCCCUUCGGCGCAAAACCAUCUACCAGUGGGGAAAGUUCUAAAAAAUCUAAAGGUAUGGAUGAGGAGAUGGCUUUUGAUAUGGAGGAUGAAGAUGAGGACGAAGAUGGGGGCCCUACUUUCGGCGAUAUGGAUUUAGAUGCGCCGGAAGGCGAAAGCGAGGACGACGAAGAUGAAGACGAAGCGAUGGAUGGAGGCGAUGAUUUCAAUGCGAACGAGGUCUACUAUAAGGAUUUCUUUGCACCUCCCCAACGAAAAGGGGCAAAGGGAAACAAACCAAAGAAAUUUAGGGAACCCCGACGCACGGAACCAGAGGACAACGAUGUUGACCGAGCCAUGACCGAUGUCCGACGAGACUUGUUUGAGGAUGAAUCGGAAAGGGAAGACUCCGAAGACGCCCUAUCCGAUGCCUCCGCAGGCGACCCCAAAUCGAGAAGGUCUGCACACGAGAGACGGCAAGCUAAAUUAGCUGAGGAAAUCCGGAAGCUCGAGGCUGCGAACGUAGCCAAGAGGGAAUGGGUGAUGUCCGGUGAAGCUAAGGCCAAUGACCGGCCGAUGAAUUCUCUACUGGAACAAGAUCUUGACUUUGAGCAUGUGGGAAAACCUGUGCCGGUGAUAACCGCCGAAGUGAGCGAAAGUAUCGAAGACAUGAUCAAGCGACGUAUCCUAGCUCAGGAAUUUGACGAAGUCAUUAAACGCCGUCCUGAUGCAUCUGAGUUCUCAAAUAAUACUAGGCGAGGAUUAGUUGAAUUAGACGACACUAAAGCUAAGCAAUCCCUUGCGGAGAUCUACGAAGAGGAACACGUCAAGAACACAAAUCCGGAUUCCUAUGUCAGCAAGGCCGACGAGAAACUCCGAAAGGAAGAAAAAGAGAUCGAGCAAAUGUGGAAAGAAGUCAGCGCCAAUCUCGAUGCUCUUACGAGUUGGCACUAUAAGCCCAAGCCUGUUGCACCUUCACUUACAGUCGUGUCGGAUGUUGCGACGAUCAGCAUGGAAGACGCUCAACCCACAACAGCGCAAGGAGUUGGUGGUGGUGAUAACGCUCUUGCUCCCCAAGAGGUCUACAAGGCAGACAAAGACACAGCUGAGAAGGGCGAGGUAGUCGCCAAGAGUGGAUUGCCCAUCGCUAAACAAGAAAUGAGCCGUGAAGACAAGAUUAGGAAGCGCAGGAGAGAAAAGGAGAGAACGCGGAAGGCUGGUGGCAUCAACGGCAAGAAACCGCAGAGCACGAAGGCCCAGGUACAGAAACAAACACUCGGCGAUCUUAAGCUUGGUGGCGUCAAGGUUAUCAAUAAGAAGGGUGAGAUCGUGGACAUGGAGGGCAAUAAGGCGAAGGCUGCUAAGGCUGCGUCGAGUAGUAGUUUUAAGCUCUAAUUGCAUUAUAGCAGGUUGUAAUAAAAGUUAGCAUUAAUUUGUACCUAUGGGCU